AUGGCUUUCCACGUCAACACAUUUCGGGCCAUGGACCAGUCCAAGCUCGAAAACCGCAAACAGGAGCUGCAUUCACGUGAACGACCAGCUUUCCACGAUCCUCUUGGCCCUGUGGUUGGUACCACCAUUACUAAUCAGACGGGUGCAAAUAAUCGAAGUGAGCAUACAUUUGCUCCAGAAAAUGGAAAACAAAUCAGGUUUGAAAACUCAAGUGGAAAUUCAAGCGAUAACUCAAGCGACAACGUAGUUGAUAAUCUGAGCGUUGCCAUGAGUCGAAGAUUUUCCAAAAACGAAAAUAAUGGUGGGGCUGCCACUUUGAAAAAUUCUCGCAAUACUAUGGUAGAUGAAGGCUACAGCCAUAAAGCUAGCUUUAAGGUCAAGCUGGAGCCUCGGAAGAGACACAGACUCACUUUGGUGUGUAACAACUGCAAAAAAAGAAAGAUCAAAUGUAACAAACAAGUUCCAUGUGACUCUUGUGUCAAGUCCGGAAACUCCCAAAGUUGUUGUUACGAUGCUGCACUCAGUCCGUCUAACACCACUAUGCCAUAUGUCUCUAGCGCUAGAAGACCAAUAGUGCUUAAGGAGGAACAGAUAGUUAUGCCAAAGAGACACAAGACUUCACAAGAUAGAAAGCUCAUACCUCAUACAACAACUAUUGGUAACAAGGCUGCCUAUAAUGCAAAAAAUGACGUUUUUCACUCUGCCAUAGUUGCGCUGAAUGGUAACAAUGGUGAAACCUAUUCUGGAAAUGUAGAUUCUUCUGGAGGUGGACAAAAAGUCAAUAUAUAUAAGAAGGAACUAGAUGCCUUGAAGGAGAGAAUUCGGCAGUUGGAGUCCUUAAACGGUCUGCAAACCGCUUUGGCUCCAACAAGCGGUGCUUACUCUGCUGUUUCGGAAUCUAAUAUGACUCCUUCUCUCGUUCCUACAUCAUCAUACGCCGUGGACGAGUCUGCUCAGAAACAGAUGAAUCUACCACCACCACCUUCUUCUUCUAUUCUAUCGUCAUAUUCUCCCUUGUCAGGUGAGCAACAGAGUGGCAGUACAUCGAGUACUACUCUUGGCACCCCUUCUCUGGUAGCUAUACAAAAGAUAUUGGAUUCCAAGCCUUUAUAUCAACCAACAUACAAUGCACCAAUCAAGUUGCCUCCUAUCAAUUGGAAGGCCACGCAAUCUAGCUCAACUGUUUCAUCGACUCCAGUGUCUGACGAUCUAGCAAAAUCCAGAAGUCAUUCACAGCCUGACGGAAACGCCCAGGAAUUGACAUCCCUUCUUGGUAUCAAUCCGGUUCUGCAGCAGCUGGACGGUAUCAACUUCUACCGUUUUGACAAAGACACCCCCUUCAGUUGGUCGUCUCUAAUGAAGAGUGAUGACCAAUUACGACUGCUCUUGCAAUAUGUCAAAACUCAACACGCAGUGCUAGACGAGGAUAUCAGUUAUCCCAAGAGUCCUUCCGAGUUGGAAAUGUUUGAUACUAGCACCCAGGAGUAUCGGUCUUUAAUUCGUCAAACUAUGUCUAGAACUACUUAUGACCACCACCAAUCGCUCACUGAUCGUAUUACCGAACGCUUACCAGAAAAGGAAAUAGUGUGGUUGUUGAUCGAUCGAUUCUUCGAAUUCUUGUAUCCGUUUUUACCCUUUGUCGAUCAAUUGACAUUUAUAGAAGAUAUGGAAAGACUAUUGGGUCCAAGAGAGCAAGAGUCUACUGGCUUCGAUAUUCCUUCACAUAUAAAGCUACACAAAGAAACGUACGAACAUGAUAUGGCAAUGUUAGGAAUAUUGUUGCUUAUGAUGAGAUUUGGUUACCUCUCUCUUUUCAGAAACAAUGAUGAUUUCAAUAUCGAGACAAUUCAAGGAGGAACUAGUGCAAGAGUUAUAUCAGUACUGCGUUUACUUCGUCAUCCUAUAUCUAUUGAUUUAGCAGAGUUGGCCAGAGAAUGCUUAGCUGGUUUUAAUGUUCUUGACGAAAACAUUCCAUUCACUUUUUCUACCUUGCAGUUAAUGUUUUUCAUGAGAUUUUACUGUAGACUCCUGCCAGAGGACGGCUGGGUUCAUGAUGUAAUAGACUAUCAUGGCGCCAUAGUGCGAAUGUCUCUUGCGAUGAAGUUGAACAUUGAUCCAGAUCAGGUACAUCCUUCGGAGAGUCCCAGAAUGAAGAAUUUGCGAAGGAAGAUGUGGAAUUUCUUGGUUAUAGCUGAUGUUCACAACAGUCUAGCAUUCGGUAGUCCGUUGUAUAUCAAAGAAGAAACUUGCCACACAAAAGUUGUAUACAUCACUGAAGAAAAUAGCAACAUCAUAGGCAAUUUUGAAAGAGAAAAAUUCAUUUUUGAAGUUGUCCAUAAAAAGUCUUACGAUUUUCAUGUUCGUAUGAAGUCAAUGUUGAAGUUUAUCUUGGAUAGAAACUCCACUACUCCAUUAAGUCAAAUAGUUGACAAGUUGAAUGAUUUUGAAGUAUUGGUGAACGAGCAUUUUGGAGGCUCUCUGAUUGUCAAUGCUAUCUGCGGAGACUGUAAGUGGAAGGUGGUUUGUAAUAAGGGUGAUUAUGUUAACAUAUUGAAUGAAGACGACCGGCUCUCGUUGAGCUGUUUUGAGAGAAUUCAUACAAUCAAAGUCUUCUUAUCGAUCAAUACCUUCUUGAUGACUAUUUAUUAUUACAUGUAUUUGUUCUAUGGGGACUCCCUGAACAAUAUUUCGUGGUUUUACUUGAAGAAAUCGAUGAUCUAUAUUACUGAUUUGAUCCCUACCUAUCACAGUCUCUUGAAUGAAUCUCAAACAUGUUCUGACUUCAUUAUCAACCCUACUUUGCAGGGAUUGAUCCACAAAUCCAAUCAAGUACAGCUUUCUUUAAUCAUAAAGUUCAGUAUGAAUAGCGGAGACGAGAAAUUGCGUUCUUUACUUGUGACAACAUACCAGAUCUUGAUCAAUUUGAUAGGUGGAAUCAGUAAAAGAUAUUACUACGCUUGGAAGAUUACAAAAGGACAUACAUAUUUCUUGUCAGUGAUCCAGAGUCAAGCGUUUCAACGGUGGAUGUUGCAGCAAGGUGGUGUCGAGUCAAGGUACAGCAAGUAUCAGUUGGACGGCUUGAAGACUAUUGUUUCACGAUGCAUAGACAAGACUCAAGAAAACAGGGAAAACAGAAGAAGUGGUAAGAAUAGGAACGCAUUAACUGAGUCCGAGUGCCUGGAAAAUACUCAGGAAUUCUCUAGAGAAACUCUGAGAACUCCGCCUCUGUUACCUGGUUCUAACGUGGCGAGCAGCCCAUCGAUGGCAAAUACCGAUCAGCAAUGGAUAGACUUGAUUUUCAACAUAAAGAACGAUCCGGCCACACGCGAGUUGACGUUGUUCGACUUGUUCGACGAGUUGGAGAGUAAUCCUUUGGGUGCAAAAAACAAGCUACAAGACGAUAAGUAG